AUCCGUAAUCUAAAAACUACUCAAAAGCCCCACCCCCUUAUCCCCUCCUUUACAUCUUCUUAACCAUUUAUAGUUUUGACUGUCCCAAUAUCCACGAACUCUCUCCCAGUCGAUGCAAAAUCCAAUAUACACGGAUACAAGCCUCCAUUCAUGGCUUUGAUCAUAUCUCCACCGUCUAAUUCCAAACCCCACCAGUUUUCUCCUCUGCGCCGCUCAACCAACCGGCCCGAACAGGCCGUAAAUUUUGGUCACCAUAUUUCAAAGGCUAAAAAGCUUUUACCGAACACAAAAUUCUCCAUCCAUUUGCAUAAUAAUAAUGCCAAUAGAUCAACAGUACCAGGCAUUGUUAGUGCCGCAUUGGUAGCAGAAGCAGAGCCAGAGCCAGAGCCAAAGGCCGCCAAUUGGAAGAGAAUUUUGUUGUCGGACGUGGUCGUGAAGCGGCAAAGUAGAGUAUUUUUUGGGAGAAAAUGGAACUCUAAGGAUAUUGGAACUGCUUGUGUUGUUUUGGCAAUCCAUGGCCUGUGUCUUUUUGCACCGUUUCAGUUCAGUUGGGGUGCCGUUUUGGUGGCAAUGGCGCUGUACGUUGUGACAGGUCUUUUUGGUAUUACUCUGUCGUUUCAUAGGAAUCUCUCACACCGGAGUUUCAAGCUUCCCAAAUGGCUCGAGUACUUGUUUGCCUACUGUGGUUCCCUCGCACUUCAGGGGAGCCCAAUUGACUGGGUGAGCACACAUAGGUACCACCACCAGUUUUGUGAUUCUGAGAGAGACCCACAUAGCCCAACUGAAGGAUUUUGGUAUAGUCAUAUGAGUUGGCUAUUUGAUACCAAUUCUGUGAUGGAAAGGUGUGGAGGACCAAGCAAUGCUGCGGAUUUACAGAAGCAGCCCUUCUACAGGUUUCUCCAAAGGACUUACAUUUUUCAUCCAAUUGCUCUUGGUGUUCUGCUAUAUGCAUUGGGAGGACUUCCCUUCCUUGUGUGGGGAAUGGGUGUGAGGAUUGUAUGGGUUUACCACAUAACUUGGCUAGUAAAUUCGGCUUGCCAUGUCUGGGGAAAGCAACAGUGGAAUACUGGUGAUCUGUCUAGGAACAACUGGUGGGUGGCAUUGCUUGCAUUUGGAGAGGGGUGGCACAAUAAUCACCAUGCAUUUGAGUACUCAGCUAGACAUGGGCUAGAAUGGUGGCAGCUUGACAUGACUUGGUAUGUAAUAAGAUUUCUCCAAGCUGUUGGAUUGACAACUGAUGUGAAGUUGCCGACUGAAGUUCAGAAGCAGAGGAUGGCGUUAAACAAUGGAAGCAUGGCCACUUAAAAGUGUGCUUGUCUCAGAUCAUGACAUGUUUUUUUUACUUCCAUUUUGUUUGUAUCAGAUCUGCAUAUAGAGAGAAAUUUGUUUUCUGUUGACCAAUAAAUCAUGAGGCGGAAAAUGAUUUACUAUGCGCUCUACCACAUGCACCUCCAAACACGCUAUUAUGAGAGGGCCCGUUAUGGGGCUUACUUGUUUAGCAGGUGGGUUUUGACAAUUCCAUGUUGAAAUUACAAAUAACAUGGACAUACAAUUACACUUGAUCUUAAUUCCAUUCUCAAAGGUCAUCUAUUCUUUUGCA